AUGACAGCUCGUCCAUUAGUGACUGUCUACAACGAUAAAAUCGAAGCAACGGAGGCACAGGUCAAGUUACCAGGGGUUUUCCGUGCUCCACUGCGUCCAGAUAUUGUCUCUUUUGUCCAUGAUCAAAUCAGGAAAAAUAAACGUCAACCAUAUGCUGUGUCCGUCGAGGCUGGGCAUCAGACCUCGGCUGAAUCAUGGGGUACUGGUCGUGCAGUAGCCCGGAUUCCUCGUGUGAGAGGGGGUGGUACUCAUCGUUCUGGACAAGGUGCAUUUGGCAAUAUGUGUCGUGGCGGACGUAUGUUUGCACCUACAAAGGUUUUUCGACGUUGGCAUCGACGUGUAAAUGUUGCACAAAAACGUUAUGCCAUGGUCUCAGCUAUAGCUGCUUCUGGUGUCCCAGCCUUGAUUCAAGCACGAGGACAUAUCAUCGAUCAGAUACCAGAAAUUCCAUUUGUUGUCACUGAUAAAAUAGAAAGUUUCAAGAAAACAAAAGAAGCUGUUUUGUUUUUGCGCCGCUCACAUUUUUGGGCUGAUAUUGAAAAGGUCUACAAUUCAAAGCGCAAUCGUGCUGGUAAAGGCAAAGGACGGAAUCGUCGUUAUAAAGCUAAGCUAGGCCCGCUUGUUGUGUAUAAUCAAGAUAAUGGUGUCGUUAAAGCGUUCCGGAAUAUUCCAGGUGUUCAACUUCUUCCAGUGGACCAUCUUAAUUUACUAAAAGUAGCACCUGGAGGUCAUCUUGGUCGUUUGAUCAUUUGGACUGAAUCUGCUUUUCGCAAAUUAGAUCCUAUAUAUGGGUCGGAGACACGAAGAUCUCUCGUUAAAGCCAAGUUUACUAUGCCGACUGCUAAGAUGACAAAUGCUGACUUCUCACGACUAAUUCGUUCGGAAGAAAUUGUGAAAGCAGUUCGACCAAGAAGGAAGACGGUCAAGGUUGCGAAAGUCCAUCGCAACCCAUUGAAGAAGACGCACAUUAUGGUGAGACUGAACCCAUAUGCUGCUGUAGUGAAACGUGCUGCAAUUUUGGCUAAUCGUAAAAGCCUCGGAAAGGAACAUGAAAAAGAAAAAAGGAUACAGGCUUUGCAUCAAAAAAUCUUGGAGCGUGCUGCUAAGAAGAAAACCAUUAAGGCGAAAACUGUCGAAACAGCUGCUGCAUAG